CUACUUCUCCAGGCCGCCGUGCGCAGUUUCCUUCAGACCCGGAAGUGAAUCGAGCUGACGGGCAGAAGCUCUCCGCACUCAGGGUUCACUUCUCAAGACUGAUCUUAUCCGAGAAAGAAGCCCCGAGGAACAGGAAAGAAAGAGGAGGUCGAAAUGAGUCGUUCCCAGGGGCGGUUGACAUUCAGGGAUGUGGCCAUAGAAUUCUCUCAGGAGGAGUGGGAGUGCCUGGACCCUGCUCAGAGGGCCUUGUACCGGGAAGUGAUGCUGGAGAACUACAGGAACCUGGUCUCCCUGGGUGUGGAUAAAGUGCGUCCAGAUGUUGGGAUCUGCCCUAAUAUUUCUGUUAGAAGUGUGAUUAAGGAAUUAUCAACAAAAGAGGAUAUUAACAAAGAAGAACUGUUCCAAACACUGAUGUUGGAAAGACACAAAAGAAAUGACAUCAAGGGUUUGGGUUUCAGAGAGGUCCAGCAAAAUACACAUGAGUUUGAGAGUCACUAUGGAUAUAAUGAAAAAAAUUACAAAGGAGUAACUGCAGCCCAUAACCACAGUUUCACUGGUAGAAGAGAUCAACAGCAUAACAUCUCCUGGAAUGUUUUCCCUCUAAAACAGGAUGUUUCUGUAAGGAAAAGUACUUCUCAAUCUUACAAAUGCGAGAAGUCAUAUAAAAGUUAUUUGUUAAAACUAGAAAAUAACAUAACUUGUGCAGGAAACAAGUAUAUAAAAUGUUUUGAAAAUGGGAUUGGAUUAAGGUUUCAGUCACAUCUGACUGACCUUCAGAAGUUUCAAACUGAAGAGAAAAUUCAUGCAUGUUAUCAAGUUGAGAGGUUGAUCAACAGUAGUUCUGCUUCACCACUUCAAAGAAUUCCUUCUAAUAUCAACAUUAGCAUUUGUAGUAAAUCCAGGAAAUUUCUUAUUCAUCCUCCAUUACUUACACAUCAAAAACCACAUAAUAAUGAAGAGCCUUACAAAUGUAAUGAUUGUGGGAAGGCUUUUAGUGGAAGCUCAAACCUCACCAAUCAUCAAAGAAUUCAUUCUGGGCAGAAACCUUACAAAUGUAAUGACUGUGACAAAUCCUUUAGCCGGAUCUCACACCUCACUAGACACCAGAGGAUCCAUACUGGAGAGAAACCAUAUAAAUGUAAUGUGUGUGGCAAGGUCUAUAGUCAACAUUCAAAUCUUACAAUUCAUCAGAGAGUUCAUACAGGAGAGAAGCCUUACAAAUGUGAAGAAUGUGGCAAAGCCUUUACCGAAUUUGCAAAACUUACUAGACAUCAGAGAAUCCAUACCAGAGAGAAACCAUAUAAAUGUAAUAUAUGUGGCAAGGGCUAUAGUCAAAAUUCAAAUCUUUCACGGCAUCAGAAAAUUCAUACAGGAGAGAAACCUUACAAAUGUAAUGAAUGUGGCAAAGCUUUUUCUGAGUAUUCAAGCCUUACUCGACAUAAGCGAAUCCAUUCUGGAGAGAAACCUUAUAAAUGUAAUGAAUGUGGGAAAACCUUCAGAGGAAGCUCAAAUCUCACCCUUCAUCAAAGAAUUCAUUCUGGGCAGAGACCUUACAAAUGUAAUGAGUGUGACAAAUCCUUUAACUGCAUCUCACACCUCACUAGACACCAGAGAAUCCAUACUGGAGAGAAACCAUAUAAAUGUGAUGUGUGUGGCAAGGUCUGUAGUCAAUAUUCAAAUCUUGUAAUUCAUCAGAGAGUUCAUACAGGAGAGAAGCCUUACAAAUGUAAUGAGUGUGGUAAAGCCUUUAUGGAGCAUUCAAGCCUUACUCAACAUAAGAGAAUCCAUAGUGGAGAAAAGCCUUACAAAUGUGAAGAAUGUGGCAAAGCCUUUACCCAAUUUGCAAAACUUACUAGACAUCAGAGAAUCCAUACCAGAGAGAAACCAUAUAAAUGUAACAUAUGUGGCAAGGUCUGUAGUCAAAAUUUAAAUCUUGCACAGCAUCAGAAAAUUCAUAUGGGAGAGAAACCUUAUAAAUGUAAUGAAUGUGGCAAAGCCUUUUCUGAGUAUUCAAGCCUUACUAGACAUAAACAAAUCCAUUCUGGAGAGAAGCCUUAUAAAUGUAAUGAUUGUGGGAAAACUUUUAGAGGCAGCUCAAACCUCACCAAUCAUCAGAGAACUCAUUCUGGGCAGAGAUCUUACAAAUGUAAUGAAUGUGACAAAUCCUUUAGCUGCAUCUCACACCUCACUAGACACCAGAGAAUCCAUACUGGAGAGAAACCAUAUAAAUGUGAUGUGUGUGGCAAGGUCUGUAGUCAAUAUUCAAAUCUUAUAAUUCAUCAGAGAGUUCAUACAGGAGAGAAACCUUACAAAUGUAAUGAGUGUGGCAAAGCCUUUAUGGAGGGUUCAAGCCUUACUCAACAUAAGAGAAUCCAUAGUGGAGAAAAGCCUUACAAAUGUAAAGAAUGUGGCAAAGCCUUUAGCCAGUCCUCUAACCUUGUCAUACAUCAGAUGAUUCAUACUGGAGAGAAGCCUUACAAAUGUAAUGAGUGUGGCAAAGCCUUUAAUGUGUGUUCAAGCCUUGUCCGGCAUCGAAGAAUCCAUACUGGAGAGAAACCUUACAAAUGCAAUGAAUGUGGCAGGUCCUUUACUCAGUUUGCAAACCUUACUAGACAUGAGAAGAUGCAUACUGAAUAGAAACACUGUGAAUUCAAUACGUGUAGAAAUGCUAUUGUCCAAAAAUCAAGUACUGGGGAUCAUCAGAGAAUCUGUAGUGAAGAGAAACCUCACAAAUAUAAUGUUUAUAGUACAACCUUUAAUGUGUGUUCAAGACUUACUCAACAUCAAAGAAUCCAUGCUGAAUAGAAACCAUAUUAAAAGUCAUGUAUUUGCAAAGCUUGUAACCAGGGUUCACGUUUAAUUAGACCCCAGAAUAUGCAUCUUUGAAAGAAACCACAAAAAGGUAAAGGGUAUGGCAAGGCUUUUAUCCAAAGAUCAAGCAUAUGUAAUGUCUCCUACUGGAAAGAAACCAUAUAAAUAUAAUGAAUGUGUUAAACUUUUGUCAGAUGUUAAAAUGUUUACCUUAGGGGCCAUGAGAGAAAACAUACAAAUGUAUUGAAAAUGGCAAGGCCUUUAGACAAUGGUCUGACUUUUAAGAUUUAUCAGAGAGUUGAUAUUGUAGAGAAACCUUAAAAACGAAAUGAUGUGAUAAUUUCUUUAACCAUUUCUCACAAUCAGCUACACAUCAGAUAAUUCAUAGUGGAGAAGAUAAUGUCUGAGUUCUCCUGAAGGAUUAUUUAAUUA